AAAAAAAAAAAAAAAAACGUAGGGAAUAAGGCCAAGCAAGAGGGUGCCUAUCGGUACGUCCUUCGUGGUCCCUCUGCGGCCAACCCUAUAGGGCUUACCGGCCGAACCAGAAGGCUCGACACAUUGUACCCCCUCUCUCUCUUAAAAUCAUUUUCAAGUUUCAAUAUUUGCAUCACUACCUUUACGACAAACCUUAACGGCAAUUACAGCCACAACUACCACCUUCCUCUUAUCUAUAUAACAACUCUUCCUCUCCUCCACUCAUCUCCCAUCGCUCAAAUUUUACUCCAAUUGUGCCUAUACCCACAUCUUCAGUUCCCUUCCUUCUUCCUGCAAUCUAAUACCCACAUCAGAUUUUUGAGAAAACAGAGAUUAGUGACUGGAAUUCUUCGUUUCAGGCCUUAUUUUUCUCCUUUUUAGGGACCCAAGUGUACUAUUGGUGUUUUGGUGUUAAGGGUGGAGUUUUGUUUUUGUAAAGAGAGGUUUCUUGGGGUAAUACCCAGGGUAGACAAGUUGUAGACAUCACGGCUAUAUACGGAGUAACUCGGCCUCUAAUACAUGUCCGGGCUGUACGACGCAAGGGUUGUGUGAUCGAGAGCAACCCUUCGCCGCACGGUGGACGUGGUGCUUUGCCUUCCGAAGGCGGUAGCCCUUCCGAUCUCCUCUUUCUCGCUGGUGGCGGUUCCCUCCUUUCCUUUGUCUAUUAGGUUUAGGAUAUAUUUACAUAAGAUUAAGUUGUAAGCUGUAAGCCAAAUAAGAGUCUUUUAGAAGUAUUAGAUCUCGAUUAAGCAAGUUUAUUGGGAUUUAAUUGUGUUGGGAAUUUUAAGUAAAGAUGAGUGAAAGCUUGAUGUUAAGGAUCAAGAGGGUUCCUACUGUUGUGUCGAAUUUCCAGAAAGAGGAGGCGGAAGAGGGUGCUCGCCGGAGUGGGGGCUGUGGCCGAAAUUGCCUUCAGAAGUGUUGCAUUCAAGGGGCAAAGCUCCCUUUGUUCGCUUUCAAGAAACUGAACAAGAUUGUUAGCGAGAAGGAGGUGCUUGGAAAUGAGAACAACGAGCCUCCUGUUGCAUUCCUUGACUCUCUGCUUCUUGGGGAGUGGGAGGACCGUAUGCAGAGAGGGCUAUUUCGUUAUGAUGUUACUGCCUGUGAAACCAAGGUGAUUCCUGGAGAGUAUGGUUUCAUUGCCCAGCUGAAUGAGGGCCGCCACUUAAAGAAGAGGCCAACUGAAUUCCGUGUUGACGAGGUUCUUCAGCCCUUUGAUGUGAACAAAUUCAACUUCACUAAAGUUGGCCAAGAAGAGGUCCUUUUCCAGUUUGAAUCGAGUGAAGAUGGUGAUGUUCAGUUCUUCCCAAGUGCCCCAAUUGAUGUUGAUAAUUCUCCAAGUGUGGUUGCCAUUAAUGUUAGCCCUAUUGAGUAUGGGCAUGUGCUUUUGAUCCCUCGCAUUCUGGAGUGUUUGCCACAGAGGAUUGACCGUGAGAGCUUCUUGCUUGCUCUUUACAUGGCCAUUGAAGCUGGGAAUCCAUGGUUCCGUUUGGGUUACAACAGCUUGGGUGCAUUUGCCACCAUCAACCACCUUCACUUCCAGGCUUACUACUUGGCUGUGCAAUUUCCCAUUGAGAAGGCACCCACUAAGAAGAUAACCACUUUGGACAGUGGAGUGAAAAUCUAUGAGCUAGUGAAUUACCCUGUCAGAGGUCUUCUAUUUGAGGGGGGCAAUACAGUGCAAGACUUAUCCAACACCGUCUCAGAUGCUUGCAUUUCUCUUCAAGAUAACAACAUACCUUACAAUGUGCUCAUAUCUGAUUGUGGAAAGCGCAUCUUUCUUUUGCCACAGUGUUACGCUGAGAAGCAAGCUCUUGGGGAAGUGAGUCCUGAACUUCUUGAUACCCAAGUGAACCCAGCUGUGUGGGAAAUCAGUGGCCAUAUGGUGUUAAAGAGGAAGAAGGACUAUGAGGAGGCAUCUGAGGAGAAUGCUUGGAGGCUGCUUGCUGAGGUUUCUCUUUCUGAAGCAAGAUUUGAGGAAGUGAAGGCUCUCAUCUUUGAAGCCAUUUCCUGCAGGGAUAAAGGCAGUGAGAACGAUGCUCAGGACUUGCUUGAGGAUGCAAAUGCCAACAACUCUCUUGAGGAAGUGGAUGCUAUUAACAAGGGCUCUCACUGUGCCAUGGUGAGUGGAAAUCAAGAAUGCCUAGUUCGGCAGUAAAGGACUAAAGGUUUGGCUUUGAUGAGCAGACCAGCAAUGUCUCAUAAAAUAUGUUAGUGUGGCAUAUGAAGUAUUGAAUAUUAUUAGUACUUGAGUGAAUUCAGGCAGUAGCCUAAAUAAGCAAGCUAGGCUUGAGUUGUCAACCUAGUUUUGCCGCCUUGUAGUACCCAUUCAAGUUUGUGUAUUCAGCACUGUUUUUGUGUUGUUUGUUCAGCAAUGCUGUAUUCGUAUAAACUAAGAUUGUAUAAUAUGAUAUGGAAUGUUUGCUGUUAUGAAUCAGCUUAUGUAAAGAAUGUCUGUUUCUUGA